AUGGUAAGGGAUAUCCGCAUUGCGACACUUCCACCCCAAAAUGAACAUAUUGAGAGGCACACGAAGCUCUUCGGCAAGCGGCUGGACACCGAGGAGCGGGCGCGCAAGAAGUUGGCGCGUGAGGGCCACAAGCAGAGCGAGAAUGCGCAGAACCUGCGCGGCCUGCGGGCCAAGCUCUACGCCAAGGAGCGCCACUCGCAGAAGAUCCAGAUGCGCAAGAAGAUCAAGCAGCACGAGGAGCGCAACAUCAAGGGUGCCGCCGACGAGAAGGAGCCUGCGAACCCCAUCCCCUCGUAUCUGCUAGACCGAGCGAACCCGACGAACGCGAAGGCGCUGAGCUCCCAAAUCAAGAACAAGCGUGCUGAAAAGGCUGCCCGCUUCUCAGUACCGAUUCCCAAGGUGAAGGGAAUCAGCGAGGAGGAGCUGUUCAAGGUCGUCAAAACGGGCAAGAAGAUUGCAAAGAAAGGAUGGAAACGUGUUGUCACAAAGCCGACUUUCGUUGGGCCCGACUUCACAAGACGGCCAGUCAAAUACGAACGCUUCAUCCGGCCUAUGGGUCUGCGUUAUAAGAAGGCGAAUGUUACGCACCCGACAUUGAACGUGACAGUGCAACUCCCCAUUCUGGGAGUAAAGAAGAACCCCAAUAACCCUCUAUACACACAACUUGGCGUUUUGACUAAGGGCACCAUUAUCGAGGUCAACGUGUCCGAUUUGGGAAUUGUCACGGCAUCGGGCAAGAUUGCCUGGGGCCGUUACGCGCAAGUCACUAACAACCCUGAGAACGAUGGCUGUUUGAACGCGGUUCUUCUGGUGUAG